AUGUCCUCCUCCCCCUCCUCCCCCACCUCCGCCACCACCACCGUCCUCCACACCACCGAGCUCCUCGAGCUCAUCCUCCUCUCCCUCGACACCCGCACGCUCCUCACCCGCGCCGCGCGCGUCAGCCGCCGCUUCCGCGACACGACCCGCGCGUCGCUGCCGCUGCGGCGCGCGCUCUUCCUCGCCCCCGUCGCCGACCGCGGCCCGCUGCUGCCGCUCAACCCGCCGGGCGCCGCGACGGCGAACCGGUGCGCGCCCGGGGAGCUGCCGCGCGGGCUCGUGCCCGUCGCGAACGAGCUCGUCGCGCGCACAUUUCGCCUGGGCAGGUACGACGAGCCGGAUGAGGAUCACGAUGGCGGGUAUAUGCCUAUGGUGGCGAUGAAGUGGUUGGAUGAGGUGGGGGAGGGGGUGGGGGAGGAACGGUGGUGGCGGAAGGAUUCUGGGGCUGGUGGUGGUGGUGGUGGUGGUGCUGCUGCUGCUGCGGGAUCGGCGGAGGAUGGGGGUUCGAAUAUCGUCGCGGCGACGGUGACGCCGACGUGGAGGCGGAUGCUCAUCUCGCAGCCGCCUCCGCGGCGGGUCGAGGUUUUGAUUUACGGGACGAGCAUGUUUCAGAGCGUCAAGGCGUGGGUGGAGUGCGAGGAGGGUGUGACAUUGGGAUCGCUACACGACAAAUGCCGGGAGCUGGCUUAUGGAAGGAGCUGGAGCAAGAGAACGGUGGGAUGGUUCUUCGAGCUGUGA